AUGCGGUGGAGGAAGUGGCCACCAAUAGCUCCUUUAGGAGAAACCAGCUCCUUUGACCACAUCCUUCCCGAGAAGAAGCCCAAGGACGAUUCGCAGGAGCUUGAGAAGCAAGAGAAGCAACAGCGACAGGAGCGGAGGCAGCGGAAGCGGCAAGAAAUGAAGGAUAUGAAGCAGCGGAGACUGGCGCACUUUCUGAAAACCUACGGCUUCAGUACUGAUGUCAACGAGCCACGGGUUGAGGCGGGCUGCUUCUUCUUUACGUUCCGCCGCCAAAAGAAGGACGGACUCUGCUGCGAUCGCGUUUCUAGGAACGGAACUUGA